CCACUGGGAGCGUGUUUGUGACGUAACCGGCCGAAGUGCGCGUGUGUGAGAUAAGUCAGAACGUAUAUCCUGUAAUUACUAUCGGAAGAUGUGUGAUUUAUUUAUUUUUUCUAGAUAGUGCUUUUAGUUAGCAACGACCUUCACUUUGGUGAUCCUUCAAACACGCAUUACACAUAAAUAGGCUUAAGAAAAGGGGCGAAACGAACAAGGUUCGUUCUCUCUCUCUCUCGUGCCAUGCGCGUGGAUGUCCUUCAACGUGCUGGGCAUACGAAACACAGCAACUUACCCAUACGUUACGAAUACACCAUAGAUGAUACCUCUCAUCAGAGAAGACGAAAACAGUUCGGCGGAUGACUGUGUCUGUUACUCAACGCUGUCACUUUACAUCAGAAUAUACCGUGCUGCGAUGCUACUGAGCGGGGGAUGAUUCACCCCCAGUUUUGCACGAGGUAGAUCCCUAUCUGAAUACAGUGUUUUUAAGGAGGAGCCAAGAUUAUGAAUAAGACUCUAUUCUGAGUGAGCCAAACAGUAUCGAAGCCUGGGUGACGCAUAUAGCGAUGUGUAAGGCUUAGCCAGCCUGCCAGGGAGACAUUCCAACCCUCAACGCUGGCAAUACGCUGUACUAAGUUUGCUAUUAGAUAAAUACUUGCCAAAAGUGUCUGAAGUCGUUGUGAAAGUUGGGCUCUUAGGAAGCACUCAGUUCUCAGUAGAAGGUUUGGAAAGGAAACAGACAGAUGAAGGCAGCUUUAGCAGGCGUGUUCAAAGGGUUAGGCCCGGGGAAGUCUAGAAAUAAGAUGUCUGACUUCCCGGCGGAAAGUGGUGAAGAAAAAACAAUGUCUGCGAAUGGAGACGUGUCCUCUUUAGUCGAUAACUUCAACAAGGCUUCCACAGUAUUGAACAGGAUGAACAGUUCGUCGUCGAUGACCACAACGGCAUCUUUUACCAGCAGCACAGAAAAACUGAGUUCCAGUUCAGCCUAUUCAAGCAAAGAGAAGCUUUGUACGAAUUCUUCCUCCGCCCAGAUGUUGAAGAGUAGCAGCACCACGGCCUCAUCUUCAACGUCCAGUUCUGUGAUGAGUAAGAAAUCGCAACUUCUUCACUCGCUGGUUAGCCAAGAAGUGAAACAGCAGCAGAAACAACAGAACGAAUCGUAUCUUGGCAGUCGUAACUUCAAUCGCAGCGUCAGCGUGACCAGUAGUGCCAGCAGUGCAAGCAGCACCAGUGAGUCCAGGAAGAAAACCAUGACCGCUCAGAGGGGUCUUUCAGUGGAAGGUACUUUGUUGGAGGAGGGAGAGGCCAAGGAAGCUUCUCCUCAAGAAAUGAGGUUCGAACAGAAGAGGGUGACUUCUUCGUCCAAGUUGAAGUUACUGACAGAUGGUUUCAAAUCUGAGAAGUCUGCAUCCAAUAACAAAGAAUUGAAAAGACUUCAAACCGGAGAUAUGAACUACGAAGAAAAACUCGCUUCCUCUGCUGUUAAAGCUCACAUAGAAGCCGAAGGAUUUUCUGCCGAAAAGGCAACAGCUAUGCGACAGGAACAGAGACAUCUGAAAACUGAAGAUACAGUCCAGCAACAAGAAAGAACCGCGAUGUCCUCUGCAGUAAAGCUUAAAACUGACGAGUUUACCGCAGAAAAGAUUGCCAUGGCAAAGCAGGAAGAAUGUCAAGUCAUCUCUCAAGCUUCCAUCCAGCAACAAAGAAACGUAUCAUCUACGUCCAAGCUAACUUUUACUAGUAAAAACAUGAAGUCUUCAACUGCUAUUAGUCAAAACAAGCAGCAAAUAGAGUUUGGGGGGAUAACAUCUUCUGUUAAUAUGAGCCCCAUCGUCACGUUCCCCGACGAAGGAGGACCGUUUCAGGUAAAUGACUCUUCCUCAAAUCUUGCUCUCACCCAGGGUCUUGAAAAGGAUAUCGAGAUUCUUAACUCGCCAGCACCGUCUUCGGAAAUUGAGAAGGCGAUGGCCAGGUUUGGCUCGCGCAUGAGCACCUGCGUUGAAAGAUUGAAAACUGCUUCGGACGAAGAAGCCUUGCAGCUCUUAACCAAGAUGAACGAUAUGAUUCGUAAAGCCUGGGCUGUUCCAACAAACGGCUACGAUCUUGGGUUUAACUUGUGCAAUAUCCUCAGGAAUAACGGCGGCAUGGAUAUCCUGAUUAGCAACUGUUCUUGUAGUAACGACGAACUCCAGUUCGCUAGUGCUCGUCUUCUGGAACAGUGCCUGUCCACCGAGAACCGAGGAUACGUGGUGGAGAACGGUCUGGACAGCGUCGUCUCCGUGGCUUACUCCUGCAGCAUUAGAAACUCGGUUGUUCAUUCCCGCAUCGGAACGGGAAUCCUCGAACACCUCUUUAAGCACUCCGAGACCACGUGUAGUGACGUCAUAAGGAUGGGGGGCUUGAAAGCCAUCUUGUACGACUGUAGAAAUACGGAUGUCGAAACUCUCCGUCACUGUGCCACUGCAUUAGCGAACUUAUCUUUAUAUGGUGGAUCCGAGAACCAGGAAGCUAUGAUCAAACAUAAAGUCCCCGUCUGGUUGUUCCCCUUGGCAUUCAACAAUGAUGACAAUAUCAAGUACUAUGCCUGUUUGGCUAUUGCCGCUUUGGUGGCCAACAAAGAAAUCGAAGCCGCAGUGUUACGAUCCGGAACACUGGAUCUUGUUGAACCUUUUGUGUCCAGUCAUAAUCCCGAAGAGUUUGCAAACAGCACAGUGUCUCAUGUCCACGGGCAGUCCAAAAACUGGCUCCUCCGGCUGGUUCCUGUCCUGGACAGCAAGAGAGAGGAAGCUAGAAGUCUGGCAGCCUUCCACUUCGCCAUGGAAGCUGGGAUUAAAAAACGACAAGGAAACACAGCGAUAUUUCGUGAAAUCGGGGCUAUUGAGGCACUGAAAAAGGUCGCCAGUUCCCCCAAUGCCAUCGCUUCGAAAUAUGCUGCUCAAGCUUUGCAACUGAUUGGAGAAGAGGUUCCCCACAAGCUGUCCCAGCAAGUCCCCCUGUGGACUGUCGAAGACGUCCGAGAGUGGGUAAAACAGAUUAGCUUCUCCCAGUACUGCAACGAAUUUGCUAAUAGUCGAGUAGACGGCGAUCUUCUGCUUCAGUUGACAGAAGAAAUGCUCAAGGAAGACAUUGGAAUUAAGAAUGGAAUUCUCCGAAAAAGGUAA